UAUCAGUGGGAAUAACAAAAAAAAAGGGCCCACACAAUGUGACGUAUCUUGGGGAGAGCGCACGCCCCAAAGCUCCAGCCAGCCGACAACAACUUUCGCUCUCUCUCCCUCUCUCUGCCCAACUGAUGAUGUCACGCAAGCUUUACCGCUCUCUCGGAGAUUCGUUCUGAAACAUAUUUUGCCCGCAGCUCCGAUAUCUCUUUUGCAUUUCAUUUUCGUUUCGUUCGCGUCGGUUGUUUGGUCUGACUUUCCGCCUGUAUAUGGAAUAAAAAUAUAAUCUAAACAUGUGCCUUUAAUAAUACAAUUUUAAAUUGCUUUCCGUCACGGCAUUGGAAUAUUGAGAGUUUAGUUUAGAGGGCAAAAUGCCAACUGUGUGUAAAUUUGAAUUGGAUCACCGUGAUCCUAUUUACUAUAGCGGCGAGGUAAUCAAUGCACGCAUUAAUCUUCAUACAGAUUCCAACAAGUCGGUGAAUGAGGUCUACAUACUCUUUCGUGGCGAGGCAAAAGUGAGUUGGAGCGAACACAAGACGAAGACCAUCAAUGGAACGCGGCAGAACUACACUGAAAACUAUCGGGGCAAGCAAACGUAUCUGGACACACGCACCCAAGUGUUUGGGUCGGGGAAUCUGCUGUGUGGCGACCACCAGUACACCUGCAGCAUACCCCUGCCGCUGGAUUGCCCCACUUCGUGCGACAUGAAAUAUGGCAAGAUCCACUAUGAGAUCUCGUUGGUCAUCGAUAAGCAGUGGGGCUUCAAUAAGGACUACACGCAGCCGCUGACGGUCAUCCAAACCUACAAUCUAAAUAUGUCCCCAGAGUUAUUGAUUCCCCUGGUGCGUGAGGACGUUAAGUAUUUCUGCUGUUGGCCCUGCAGCUCCGGUCCGGUUCUGUCCACCCUCACCAUACCCUUUGGUGGCUAUGCGCCGGGCCAGAAGAUACACUAUAGCCUGGAGAUAGACAACAAGUCGGGUGGCUAUGACCUGGACGGCAUUGAGCUGCAGCUGAAACAAGUCAGCCAGUUCAAGGCCCAAACUCCGCUGCACAAGACCCGCGAUAUCGAGAAGGCACUGCAUGGCAGCUGCCAGGGCGAGCGAGUGCUACGCUUCUCCAAGCGCAUCAUCAAUGGCACUCUGCUCAUUCCGUCAGUGCCGCCCACCACACGGACCGACUCCAUCAUAGCCAUCAGCUACAGGGUACUCUUCUCGAUCAAAAUGGGCGACUGCCACAUGGACUCGGAGUUCGAUAUACCCCUUGUGAUUGGCACUAUACCGCUGGCCCAGAGCGCUGAAGAUCCCACGCAUGUGGCCGAAUGGAUACCCCAGACGCCCGACACACCAGCGGGAGCGACGGGUGGGGAUAUGCCGCCCAGCUAUGACAAUUGCAAGCCGCCCACCUUUGAGGAGGCCACGAACCUGGGCGACAGGUUCAUCGACACGGACGUGGACGAGCGCCAUCCUACGAAUGACUUCAUACCCCGCUAUCCCAUGUACACGAACUUUGCUCAGCCCACGGCACCGCCAGAGGCGAGCGACUCCCCGCUGCUGCCACCACAACCCUCUGCUGUACCAAUUCUGUCGCUGCCACAUGGCGCCACUGCCGCACCGACUGCAGAGAACUCGAAUGUAGCUGCAGAGAGUCGAACCUCAUAUGGUUGGAAUGCCAAUAUAUAGGAGCGGAGUCUACCUCAGUCAGACUUGGUACUAAAUCAUAAGCUUUGAAAAGAUUUUCUUAGCAUUUGUAUCUCACUUUUAAGGCGCCCUUAAGUAUGCAACAAAAUGCUUGCUUGAAUGCUUGUAAUUAUUUUUUUUAUAAUGAUUUUAAAUGCAUUUAAGAAACAUUUUUGUGCCCUCUGAUCAAUGAUAAUUAAGGAUAUACCUACUCCCACUUAAUGCAACACAAGCAAUGCAUUUAAUAUUGUUUCGAUAUAUUUUGUUGGACAUUUAAAUGUUUUUUAUAAAUCUCAGUGAUAGCUACAAAUUUUAAUUGUAAAUGAAGCACACCUUUCUGACCAAUUUUAAAUGAAUUUCCUUAGGUUAAAAUAAAUAAUAUGUGAUGUCAAUGCACUGCUC